CUUUCAACAUGGAGAGUGGAGCAGGGAAGCAUUGGACUGAGGAGGAGGUUAAAGCCUUGUUAAGCGUCUGGUCAGAAAAAAAUAUCAGAAAGCAACUCCACGGCACCCUGAGGAAUAAAGGAAUAUUCAUCUACAUUGCUAAAAGGUUACAGGAGUUAGGAGUUUGCAGGGAUUGGAAACAGUGCCGUGCAAAGUAUAAAAACCUGAAGUACGAAUACAGAACGGUUAAAUAUGCCCACAACUCUGGGGAUGUCACUAAAACCAUGAAGUUUUUCCAUGAUCUGGAUGCCAUAUUGCGAUACGAACCUGUCACACAGUUAGCAGCAGAAGAAAACGGCAGGUGUUCUGCGACUGAGACGCAGCUGAACACAAGCCCCACAGCAGAGAGCGCGCAAGGUGAAAUAUCAGUUUCUUUAGAAGAUGAUGAGGAUGCUGCAAGAGAUCCACUACUUUUUAUGUCCCAUGUCAGACCAGUUCAACUAGGUAAUCCAACGUCAGCAAUAGAGGCUUCCAAAACACCGACUUUUAUUCCAACAGUAGCAAAUGAAGGAGGAAAACACUGGACUGUUAAUGAAGUCAGAGCUUUGAUACGCAUAUGGUCAGACAAAAAUAUCCAGCAACAACUGGAGGGGACAGUGAGAAAUAAAAGAAUAUUUGAACAGGUUGCUGCUAGACUUCAAAAGUUCGGAAUUGACAGGGACUGGAAGCAGUGCAGGACAAAAUAUAAAAAUCUGAAACAUGAAUACAAGAGUAUAAAAACUACCCAAGACUCAGGGAGUACAAGUAAAAGUAUGAAAUUUUUUAAUGAACUGGAUGCUAUUCUGGGGCACAGCACCAUGGAACAAGCAAGUAAAUCAGAUAAUGAUGAAAAUGAGAGGCCUCCAGAAUGGACAGAAGCAAAAUCAGAGAAGGACUCCGUAGCCCAGUUUUACUGGCCUUUGGAGCAAGACUCCCAAACUAUUGAGACAACUAUUGUGAAAAUCGCAGAAGGAAUAGCACCAAGAAUGCUGGCAGAGCUUGCCUUUAUUUUUGUGUGGUUACUGAUGAGUAACUUGGUAAUGGAUGGAUUAAUGCAGAAUUAG